AUGCUAAGGGCGGGUCGGGCAUUAUCUCGUCGUCUGACGUCGAAUCUUCAAGGAUUCCAUGUCGUGAACCAAUUCGAAGUAGACGAUUUGAAAUUGAAAGUUACCGAGCGAUUGCACCAAGAAAGUGAAGCCAAAUGGACGCACAUUGAUAAACAGGGCGAAACGGAGAAAGUCUUUAACAUUUGCUUCCGCACCGUUCCUUUUACCGACAACGGUGUUGCCCACAUUCUAGAGCACCUUGUUCUGUGUGGAUCAAAGAACUUUCCCGUCCGGGAUCCAUUUUUCAAAAUGAUCAACCGCUCGCUUAACUCCUUCAUGAAUGCAAUGACUGGAACCGAUUACACGAUGUAUCCAUUUCAAACGUCAAACGAGCAGGACUUUCAAAACCUUCUUGCCGUUUAUCUUGACGCUGUCUUCCAACCUCAAUUAAGAUACAUUGAUUUUAAUCAGGAGGCAUGGCGGCUGGGCGAAGGAGAUGACGGAUCUGAUGAUCCAGAAAAACUUAUUCUGAAAGGCGUCGUGUUCAAUGAAAUGAAAGGUGCAAUGGCAGAUCGUGAUCAGCUAUUUUUCCGCCGUUUUAUUGCCGCUAUGUGUCCGUCUGGUACCUAUCAAUACAAUUCUGGAGGUGAACCGAUGUCCAUUCCAUCGCUUACAUACGAAGAAUUGAAGAAAUUCCACGCAGAUCACUACAGUCCUGCCAAUGCUCAUAUCAUCACCUUUGGCGAUGUUGUGCUCGAAGAUACCGCUGCCCACAUGAAUAAGACCCUUACUUCAGUCCCUAAAGGUGCCCCCGCCAAGGAAAUCCUCAAAGAAUCGAGCUUCCCCAGUGCCCGAGAGACGACCUGGUAUGGGCCUUGGAAUGAGUCCGCAAACGACGUAACAAAGCAAUCUACGGCCGCAGUAGGAUUUGGCAUUUGCGACCGGAAUGACACAUGGAUGAACUUCAUCGGGCAGAUUCUUGGCUCUCUUCUUUCCGAUGGCCCGAGCAGCCCACUUUACAAAGAGCUGAUUGAAUCGGGACUCGGAUCAGAGUAUUCUCCUGGAACAGGCUUCUGGAUGUAUUUAAAAGACUCUAUCUUCGCUGCAGGACUUCAGGAUGUAGCGGAAGCGGAUCUUGACGCUGUUCAUGAACUAGUAUUUUCCGGACUGCGACGAGCCCAACAGGAAGGCUUUCCACAAGACAGGAUCGAUGCGAUUCUUCACCAGAUUGAGCUUUCCACUCGUCAUCAGACCCCGAAAUUCGGAUUAAAUCUUACAUUCGGAGUUCAUCCGGGACUUCUCCACGGAGCGGAUAUGAAAGAUUCCCUUGAAACUUUAUCUUACGUCAAAAGGCUGAAAGAAGAACUCGCGAAGAAUCCCUCAUACCUAAUUGACUUCAUCGAACCUUUGUUUUUCAAAAAUCAGCACGUUAACAAGGUCAAGAUGAUUGCACAAAAAGAAUACGAAGAUAUUCAAACAAAGAUGGAAGAAGAUCUUACAGAAGAAAAAGUCUCAAAAUUGUCGAAAAAGGAAAAACUCGAGUUACUGGACUUAGAAAUGGAACUUGAAGAAGAGCAGCUAGCCACACCGAACGUUGACUGUCUGCCGACACUGUCAGUUUCAGACAUUCCUCAAGAAAAGACCUCUUUCGUACCAUCCCAAACGGGAGAAAACACUCACUGGCUGCAGACUUCAGGAUCCGGAAUGACGUACUUGCGCGGAAUGGUUGAGCUCGAUGGCUUGUCUCAAAGGGAAAUUGAGCUAUUGCCACUGUAUGAGUCUGUUUUAACUAGAAUUGGACGAGGAGAAUACGAUUACAGACAGAUUGGAAUCGCUCAGAACUUGAUUUCUGGUGGCUUCAGUGUCAAAACUGGUAUUCUUACUGACCGUGAUAAUGUUGAUAUUGCCAGACCAACACUUGACUUUUACACCUACGGACUUGAUGAAAAACUGGACGAAAUCAUUCCAAUUUUCAAAACUCUUCUGGACGCAAACGGACCAGAUUUCAACCCAGAGCGCAUCAAGACUGUCCUCAACGAAGCAUACUCUAAUGCAAAUGGCGGCAUUGUUGGUGUCGGACAUCAGUAUUCAAUGCAGUAUUCACAUUCGAAUGUAACGGCGUAUGGCAAAUUGAAUGAGACCUUGUCUGGUCUUACAGCCAUCAAAACGAUGAAGAAAGCAGUCGAAGAAAAUGAUUUCGACAGCUUGUCAAAUGAGCUAAAACAGCUUCAUGCUAAAAUUUGCUCGAAACAUCUCAAGACGUUGGUACAUUCUGAUUCCGACAAAACGAGCAAACUUGAUUCACUCUUUGACGCCAGUAGAUCCGGAAAAGCAGCUCUUGUUCCAGAAGCCGCAACAUUCGAAUCAUUGAGCAAAUCUACAUGGAAUCUUGGUUUCCCGAUCAAUUUCGUGUCCCGAGCAAUUUCAACUGUUCACGACUCUCAUCCAGAUGUUGCCUCCCUGCGAGUGCUUUCGGCAAUGAUGGGAUCCAAAUAUCUUCUCCGUGAAAUUCGCGAGUUCGGCGGCGCUUACGGAGCAGGAGCUAAUCAUACUGGCGGUGCUUUCAGAUUCUUCAGCUACAGAGAUCCUUCCGGUUUGCGUACUCUAGCUAAAUACUCUGACGCAGUCGAAUGGGUCGAGAAACAGCAGUGGACGGAAAGAGAUGUUAAUGAAGCAAUUUUGAAGGUCUUUCAGGGAGUAGACGCGCCAAUCGCUCACAGCAGCCGAGGCGUCGGAAUUUGGAAAAAUUAUCUUUCGGUUGACGACAUUGCUAAAAGAAGACAUGAGCUUCUCAGCGUGACUGGCUCUGAUUUACUUCGUGUUAACGAAAAAUACCUUGUGAAUCCAAAGAUCCGAUCGGACACCAUCAUCGGCCCUCAAGAAGCUCUCCUCCGACAAGAAGCUGACAACCCAAUGCAGUCACAGACGCAAGCCUGGCAACAAUUGAGAUUGUAG